AGCACAAUCGUGAUCGAGAAUUUACUCGAUCUCGCCCCGAAUGGACACUGGUGGGCAGGUCUUCUCCGUCGACCCUCUCGAGCGCAACGCCGCCAAGGGCCAUGGCGUCAUCACCUCCAUGGCCGCCGGCAACGAUGUCAUCCUCCUCGGCACCAGCCGUGGAUGGAUCAUCCGCCAUGAUUUCGGCGCUGGCGAUUCUUUCGAUCUUGAGUUAUCGGGUGGCCGCGGUGGCGAGCAGCCGGUGCAUCGUAUAUUUGCUGAUCCAGGGGGCAGUCACUGCAUCGCUACCGUCCUGCACCCUGGUGGUGCGGAGACGUACUAUACCCAUGCGAAGUGGGGACGACCUAGGCCAAUAACCCGUCUCAAAGGCCUCGUCGUUAAUGCCGUUGCGUGGAAUCGCCAGCAGAUCACCGAAGCUUCAACGAGGGAGAUUAUUCUUGGGACUGAGAAUGGGCAGAUGUAUGAGAUGGCAGUUGAUGAGGUAGACAAGAAGGAGAAGUAUGUGAAGGUUUUGUUUGAGCUGAAUGAGCUCCCCGAAGCCAUUACAGGCUUGCAGAUGGAAACAGCUGCUGUUGGUAAUGCAACAAGGUACUAUGUGAUGGCCGUCACACCAACGAGGCUGUAUUCAUUCACUGGCAUUGGAUCUUUAGAAACAGUAUUCGCUAGUUAUUCUGAUCGGGCAGUACAUUUUAUGGAGCUUCCAGGAGAAAUACCAAAUAGUGAACUACAUUUUUUUAUCAAUCAAAGAAGAGCCAAACAUUUUGCUUGGCUUUCUGGAGCUGGAAUUUAUCAUGGUGAUCUCAACUUUGGAGCCCAACAUAGCUCAACUAGUGGAGAUGAAAAUUUUGUGGAAAACAAAGGCCUUUUGAACUACUCAAAAUUGAGUGAUACUGCUGAAACUAUUAUACCACGGUCUCUUGCAGUGUCUGAGUUUCAUUUUUUGCUUCUGAUCGGCGACAAAGUAAAGGUUGUCAAUCGUAUUAGUCAAACGAUUGUGGAGGAAUUGAAAUUUGAUCAUGCACCAGAAUCGAUUUCAAAAGGCAUUAUUGGAUUGUGCAGUGAUGCUACUGCUGGAUUAUUCUAUGCUUAUGAUGAAAGUUCUAUAUUUCAGGUAUCUGUUCAUGAUGAAGGCCGAGAUAUGUGGCAAGUGUAUCUUGACAUGAAGGAAUAUGCAACUUCUUUAGCUCAUUGUCGCAAUCCAUAUCAGAGAGAUCAAGUAUACCUGGUGCAGGCCGAUGCUGCUUUUUCCACCAAGGAUUUUUACAGAGCAGCCUCAUUCUAUGCAAAGGUGAACUAUAUCUUAUCAUUUGAGGAGAUCAGCUUGAAAUUUAUUGCCAUAGGUGAGCAGGAUGCUUUAAGGACUUUCUUAUUAAGGAAGCUUGAUAACCUUACAAGUGAAGAUAAAUGCCAAAUAACAAUGAUCUCCACAUGGGCCACCGAGCUGUACUUGGACAAGGUCAAUCGAUUGUUGUUGGAAGACAAUUCCAGCAUAGGUGGCAGUGAGAGACCAGAUGGCACUUCUGAGUAUGAGUCUAUCAUCAAAGAAUUUCGGGCUUUCUUGAGUGAUAGCAAAGAUGUACUGGAUGAGACAACAACUAUGAGAUUACUUGAAAGUUAUGGCCGAGUUGAUGAGCUAGUCUACUUUGCUGGUCUAAAAGAACAUUAUGAAACUGUGGUUCAUCAUUACAUUCAGCAAGGAGAAACAAAAAAAGCUUUGGAGGUGCUUCAAAGACCUAAUGUACCUAUAGAUCUUCAGUACAAAUUUGCACCUGAUCUUGUUAUGCUUGAUGCUUAUGAGACUGUUGAAUCAUGGAUGUCUUCAAGAAAGCUCAAUCCUAGGAAACUAAUACCAGCAAUGAUGCGAUAUGCUAGUGAACCACAUGCGAAAAAUGAAACCCAUGAGGUGAUUAAAUAUUUGGAGUUCUGUGUCCAUAAUUUACAAAAUGAGGAUCCUGGAGUGCAUAAUUUGUUACUUUCCUUGUAUGCCAAACAGGAAGAUGAUAGUGCACUAUUGCGUUUUCUGCAAUGCAAGUUUGGGAAGGGGCAGCCAAAUGGCCCUGAGUUCUUUUACGAUCCAAAGUAUGCACUUCGCUUAUGCCUUAAAUCAAAGAGAAUGCGUCCUUGCGUUCAUAUAUACAGUAUGAUGUCCAUGCAUGAAGAAGCAGUUGCUCUUGCAUUGCAGGUAGAUCCAGAGCUUGCUAUGGCAGAAGCUGACAAAGUUGAGGAUGAUGAAGAUCUAAGGAGGAAGCUGUGGCUUAUGGUUGCAAAGCAUGUCAUUGAACAAGAAAAAGGAACCAAGAGAGAGAACAUCAGAAAAGCUAUAGCUUUUCUGAAAGAAACUGAUGGCCUUCUUAAGAUCGAGGAUAUAUUGCCAUUCUUCCCAGACUUUGCACUGAUUGAUGAUUUCAAAGAAGCAAUCUGCUCUUCAUUGGAGGAUUACAAUAAGCAGAUUGAGCAGCUAAAACAAGAGAUGAAUGAUGCUACACAUGGGGCUGACAACAUAAGGGGUGAUAUCAGUGCCCUUGCUCAAAGAUAUACUGUCAUUGAGCUCAAUGAAGAAUGUGGGGUUUGUAAACGCAGGAUAUUAAAUGGAGGUGCAAACAGUGUGGCAAGAGGUUAUACUACAGUUGGACCACUGGCACCAUUCUAUGUUUUCCCUUGUGGUCAUGCCUUUCAUGCCGACUGCCUCAUUGCUCAUGUUACUCAAUGUUCGAGCCAAGCCGAAGCUGAAUAUAUACUGGACCUACAGAAGCGACUCAGUUUACUCGGGGUUACUGCCUCAAAUGAUGCAACUGUUGGUUCUAAUGAUGAGUCCAUCAAAAAUACCACACCUGCAGAUAACCUUCGGUCCCAGUUGGAUGAUGCUGUAGCCAGUGAAUGCCCAUUUUGUGGUGACCUGAUGAUAAGAGAGAUUUCUCUGCCGUUUGUCCUGCCGGAAGAGAGUGAUCAACUGGCCUCAUGGGAGAUAAAACCCCAAGUGCAGGCUCAGAAAAUUUUACCCAUGAUCAUGUGAUGAUUGUGGCAAAGAUUAUGUUCUGGUCCUUUCUUGUGUGUGGUGUUCUACUGUAUUUAAUAAUUUAAUUUUUUGGUUAUGUGCCUUGUUACUCAUACCUACUGUUUCUCAUUGUAACAUUAUUCAGUUGUAAUUUUUUGGUUGCCUUCCUUCGUUUA